GUUUGGUUCGCUCUGCUGUCGCCAAAUUCCACUGCCCCCGAGUACAAGCACAACAAAGCUGCCAAAUACGAGGGCCAGCGAGGCAAUAAAUUCAAAUAAAAUCCCCAUCACAACAAAGCAUAAACAACAGCUUAACAAGACAUCCAAUAAUAAAAAUAUCAUCCAAGUGCAAAGGAAAUAGCAACUCGGUGGACAAACAAAUGCCGGCUAAAAAAGUGUCAGAAUGUGUGAAAAUUAAUAUUUCACCAGAGAUUUGAGGGCUGCCAAAACAAGAAAAAAACUGAAAACAGGACAAACUUUUCGCAAACUUUUAUUUGUACGCGAGAAUUAUGAAAAAUAUGUGAGAAAUGUGCAAAACCCACGGAAAAAUACUCUAGUAGGGGCGAAGAGCAUAGGUCAAGCCCUAUCCUCCAGUGCGAGAUAUUUUCCACUCGGUCUUGAAAUCCCCUGACGUUGCGCUUUCUGCAAACCCGGUGAACCACCCACCGCCCACCGAGUGCCAUGUGUAUGUGCGGAGGAAAAAGCCAUGUGAAUCUGUGAGAGAAGCCGUGUAACGUGCUAAAAUAAGUUAAUUUAUUGCCGGCACAACAACAAUCACAACACACACAAGGACAACAACUGCCGGCAGUCAUAACAUUUGCCCUGUUCACCGGUUACCCAAAGCUGGGUAUUUGCCUCUGAGUAAACCAUAUCCACAAAACUCAGAAAUAGGUCAAAUUCAAUUGACAUUUAUUGGCCAAUAUAUAUUUACAAGGCCCUAACGGAAGCGACGGAAGAUCGAGAAAGGAAAAAAAGCAAAGAAGGACGCACAUCCCCUACAGAAAAAUAGUUAAAAUAUCUAUUUCAAUGCCGACGACGACGACUAUGGCGACCCAUCACAUGCAAAUGGCCAACAAGUGGAGGGCGAAGAAGGACUGCGGAUUCCAGGGGCAUGGAUCCUUCAGUGGGCGUGGCUGCGUUUGUUGGAUAUCUCUGGUGCUGCUCCUCGUCCUGGUGCCUGAUUUUAUUGUGGCACUCAAGGAUGUGUCGGUAAUGAUACCACAGGCGGUGAAACGUGGCAGCAACGCGCUGUUCACGUGUAAUUACGAUAUGGAAAACGAUACUCUAUAUUCGGUGAAAUGGUAUAAGGGCAAGCGUGAGUUUUAUCGCUACACGCCCAAGGAGAACCCGGCGAUGAAGGUCUUUGCCAUGACAAGUGGUCUCAAUGUCGAGCGCAACCUUUCGAAUCAGAGCCACGUAGUCCUGCAGUCGGUGCCGCUGAAUAUUUCGGGAAAAUUUACAUGCGAAAUAUCCGUGGAGGCGCCCACUUUCCAAACGGCCAUGGUGUCCGGCGAAAUGGAGGUGGUCGAGCUGCCGGAAGAGCACACUGUGGUUACCGGGAUACAGGCACGUUAUCGCAUCGGCGAUUUGGUCGACGGCAAUUGCUCAAUUAAAUACUCGAAACCGGCUGCUAAUUUGACAUGGACUAUUAAUGGUAUUGUGGUGCCUCCGCAUCACAUAAAGACCUAUCAGACGGAGAGGCGGGAGAACAGCACACUGGAGUCGGUGACGAGUGCCAUACAUUUCAUGGUCACCAAUCAGCACUUCCUCAAGAGCCAGAUGAGGCUCAAGUGCACGGCCAAUAUCUUUGACAUCUUCAAGGAGGAAAUGGAGAACAUCAUCGAGGAGGACCGGCCCAGGAUAAUGGCCUCGGGCAGAUCGUAUGACAUCAACAACUAUCCCCUGGAGGAGCACACGAAUGGCGAGCGGGGCGGCUACGAGGAUCACAACGAGUCCUAUUUGACUUACUACUCGGCGGAUAACGCGGCAUCGGGAGCCUCGACAGCUGCACCUGAAAUCUUCUGGCAAUUCUGGCCAUCGCAGCUGGCAAAGCCGCCCAUCAACAGGCAGUUGGCGGGGGCGUGGCACUGGCUCUGCGGGGGCGGAGGGGCGGCGGCCCUUCUGCUUGUGCCGCUGCUCCUGGGGCCGCUAACCCAUCAAAUUAUCAACUGUCAAUACACAAAGCCGGCGACUGGCAAGGUGCAGCAGCAGCAGCAACAGCAGCAGCAACAUCGCAGCAGCAACAUCGAUGUGACGCGUUCAAAAGCGGCAGCAUCCGCCUCCGCGCCCAGCGUCAAAUGCUUUUAUAAUUGUCAAAUGGCUACGGCGGUGCCAACUCAGAGCCGCGACGGUGAUGAUGAUGGUGAUGCGAAUAUUGGCAGCACAACUGCAGUAGCAACAGCCACUGCUGAUGUCGCAGAUGUUGCUGGAGGAGUUGCUGCCAGUGCGAGUUGCAGCAUUAAGCGGCUGUCAGCGACACUUGUGGACGGCCAGGGUGCAGGGGGCGUGGCCAGUUGGCCGGAUCAACGAUUAUUGAUGACUCGGCGGCGGCAAAAGCGGCAAAAGUGCCAAAAGAAAUCGCAGGCGAUGGAUGCCAUGAUGCAGUCGCCCUGCUGCGCGUGCUGAUGCCGAAUUGAUGAUGAAAUCCAUUUCCGAAAGUAGCUUAAGGUGCUCGCCACCGUGCAGAAAUGAAGGAGAAACGAGGCCCCUUUCCCUUUCCCCUCCGAACUGUUGAAGGGCAUAAUUAAUAUGCAUGCGAACUCGUAUUGAUUGCAUGAGCCAGCUGCAUAAAUCGAUCUGGUCGUAGGUCUUAAGUGUUAUUCGCAUAAGGUCAGGGAAGUGCUGAAAUGUGGCGUAUUUAAUUAUUGAGAGAAAAGCCGGCGGGCAGAUACGAAGUCGAUGAGUAAAAACAGGAAAUAAUUUAGUGUUAAGUCGGGGAAAAUAAAACAUAUGGUGAAACCAAUAAAAUAGCGGAUACCCUGUACGUUGCAAUCACAGAACCAUAUUGCUUACUUACGUCUUCUUUUUCAUGAGCACACUUUACGCUUAAAAUAUUACAUAUUAUUAAAAUGUAAUAAAAUCUUUAUUAAAUAAUCAAAUUUUCUUUUUUUUCCACCGAAUAAAAAUAACACAAAUUAACUGACAAUAAUAACCCCUACCCUAAGUUUAUUUCAAGACUCUCUUAUUUUCUCAUCGAUAUUUCUGUGCAAACUUUUACUGUUAAUUAAAGGAGAUUACAAAAACCUUUCAUUAAGAGCAACCUAAAUAAUCGCUGAAAGAGAUACACAAAAUGCACAGUUAAUCCUUGGAUUUGCGUACAGGGUGAAAAAAUGCAUGUACUUAGUCAGUGAAAUGCGAAAAGUACUCAGAAUGCUUGCCAUGUUCGUUCAACUCCUUAUGUUGUAUCUAAGCAUUAUACAUACUCACAAGCAAAAAGAAAUCAAAAGAUAUACACAAAUGUGAACAGUGUACAGCAAGCUGAACUUUAGACUGCACUUGAGCUUAGCUUUCGGGUACCGUAGUGCAUUUUAAAGUGGGUUUUUCAAAGCUAAACAUUGUAAACAACUCAAGCUAGAGCAAAAGAAAUAAAUGAUUUGUCUUAUUCUUGGCACAAAGACAAUGCGUUAACUCAAUGUGUAAAUAUAAAAAACUCAAUAGAAAAUAAAACUUCAUAUAAAAUAACACCCACUGUACAGAAAGGAACUUUUUACGGUUGUGGAAAUGAAAAGCAAAAUUAAUUAUUAUAGCAAUCGUUUAUUUGUAGAAAACACAGAAUACAUAGAUCAAGCAAAAACGAAAAUGAACAUUUAAUUUGAACUCUAAUUUUGGCAAUAUAAAAUCUCGAAAAAAAACAAUCGAUUAUUUAACAAUUUUUGGCCAACAAAAAUCCAGCGGUAAAUAGUUCCUUUACCUUAAAACUAAAUCAUUGUAAUCCAGGUAAUCUUAACCGAAAAGGAAAAGAAAAAUGUAAAUGAGAAAAAUUAUAAGAAAUUGUGUUUCGGAUAUAAACUUAAUGAAUGUUGAAUAAUUUAUUAAUCUAACUAAAUUAAAAAUAUGUCUUAAAAUAUGUAAAUAGAAAAUAAAGAACAUAAAUUGGUGUAAAUGUUGAAAACAAAAAUAAAAACCUAAACUAAUUAAUGCAUGCGCCAAGAUUUCUGUAAUCAAAUCGUGUUGUGAAAGUUGUCUUCCCUAAUUUAUGCCCAUUACAUAAUUAGACAUUGGAAGAAAGUUUUAAUUUUAAUUUUCUUUUCAGUAUGGUUUCAAUUAAGGCCGUUACGUAAUAAGAGAUGAAAAAGAAUGUAAAAAACUAGUUUUAUGUAUAUAGAAGAGAGACAAAAACCAUUUUGAUGUUACUGAAUAAUAUUACAAAUAUUAACCAAGGGAUAUGAGAAUAGAUUAAGGAACAGAGCAUGUUUCUAGCUGCUAGGGACGAAGAUAAGUCAUAGAAUUGUAAUGAGAAUCAAAAACGCAAGCGAAUGCAUUUUGCAUUUAAUAUAAUAUAUUCAUAUCCACAAUAAAUAAUCGAAAGUGUGUAAAGCCAGAAUAAAUGUAAUAAUAAGCUCUAAGAAAACAAAAUAGUGAUGUAAAAACACGCAGCAAGGAAAUAAAGUAAC